CUACCGACUUAUACUCUACUUAUAGAAAGAUCGAAGAAGAAGAGGACGAACCGAGGCGGAUAUAAUCGGCCAAAAUGAUCGGGGAUCUUUUAAUUGUGGGCACUCUGCUCAUGAACGCUGGCGCUGUGCUCAACUUUAAACUAAAGAAGAGGGAAACACAGUCUCAAGGCUUUGGCGAUGAAUCUGGAUCAUCCAGUACUGGUGACAACAUCAGAGAGUUUUUGCUGAGUCUGCGGUACUUUCGCAUAUUCAUAGCCCUUUGGAACAUUUUCAUCAUGUUUUGCAUGAUCGUGUUAUUUGGAUCAUAAUACAUGGCUGUUACACUGAGG